GUUUUACUGAACUCGAGUAAAGCUAGAUCAAGAGUUGAAAAGCAAAAAGUAAUUGAGACAAAAUGAAGACCGCUACAAUUUGUCUUGUUGUCGCCGCAGUAUUUGUAUAUGUGAGCGCUAAGCCUCAACAGCCCCCGGCUGCGCUAGCAGGCCAACAGACGGCAGGACAAGUGGCAGGACAGGUAGGACAGGCAGAACAGGCUGGACAGAAGAAUCUAGCUGGACUGGGUGGAGCCCCAUCUGCUGCUCCUGCUAACUCUGCUACUGGCAACCCCGCUGGUACAGGUGCCCCUGGUGGUAUCCCUAGCGGUGUUCCUAGCGGUGCUCCUGGCGGUGCCCCUACCGGUGUCCCAAGCGGUGCCCCAAGCGGUGUCCCUAGCGGUGCCCCUGCCGGCGCCCCUAGCGGUGCCCCUGCCGGCGUCCCUAGCGGUGCUCCUGCCGGCGCCCCUAGCGGUGCCCCUAACACUGCGCUUCCUGCUUGGACAGGAGUCAACCCUGGAACUAACCCUUCUGCACUAGGCGGUUUAGCGAAUCCAUCUUCAAACCAACAAAACUCAAACAUCAUCACCGAGGCCAUGAAGGAAGGAAAGGCCAUCAUGGAUUUAUUCACACAAUCGUUCAUUCCGGGUAAGUGGAAACCCAAGAUGACUAAUAGGUUUCCGGGGAUGAGGCAAUUCUUCCAUCGGAAAGUCCCCGUGCAAUAAAUUUACAACUGAACAGGAUUUGCAACACUGAAUGAUAAUGUUUUACCGAUUGUAGUAUUUCUUAGGUCACUUAGAUUUUAGACAAUAAAUAUUUUAAAACA